CUCCGCGCGCUCUCUCUUAUUUUUCUUUCACAUGCAAAACCAGACUCUCAAGUCUCAACCCUCCCAGCCCGGUAACCCGCCAGACCGGAAUCGGAGGAAAAUGGAUCUGUCGGACAUAGCGAAGAAGCUUGGCCUCUCGGAGCCCAAGCACCUGAUCCGGAAGGCCGCGGAGCUCCGCCGCCUCUGCGACGUCCAGUUCGACUCCUCCAUUAUCGGCGUUGGAGAGGUUUGCAAAGCUGUAAUCUGCUUAGAGAUCGCCGCGACAAGGAUGGGGGUUCUAUUUGAUCGGCAAGGCGCUAUUAGGCUGAGUGGGAUGUCGGAGAAGGCUUAUACCCGGUCGUUCAAUUCGUUGCAGAACGGUCUUGGGGUCAAGAACAACCUGGACGUAAGGGAAUUGGCGAUUCAGUUUGGGUGUGUGAGGCUCAUUCCUUUGGUGAAAAAGGGAUUUUCUCUUUAUAAGGAUCGGUUUCUGGCUUCCCUGCCAGCUUCUCGGCGGGCAAGUGCUGACUUUGCUCGCCCUGUGUUUACUGCCGCGGCAUUCUAUUUGUGUGCUAAAAAGCAUAAGCUGAAGGUAGACAAGAUUAAGUUGAUUGAGCUCUGUGGUGCAUCUGAAUCUGAAUUCUCUUAUGUUUCUACUUCCAUGAGGGACUUGUGCCAUGAUGUUUUUGGAGUUGCAAAGGAGAAGAAAGAUGCCAGGGACAUAAAGGGGAACCGAGAACUUUUGGAUGUAUUACCUGAAAAAAGGAAAAUCGAGGAUGGUGGCUAUUUAUCUGAUGAUGGACUAGAGCUCUCAAGUUACAAGAAGCGCAAACGAAUGGAAAAACAUGCUUAUGAAGAGUGGAAGUCUACUGUCAUUGCAUCAAAUGACCAAAACAAGGCAAAAGUUCCUUGCAAGCAAGCCAAGCAAACUCGCCUCAACUUUCCAAAGGAAGUUCCAGAGACGCAGAAGUUGGAGGCUUUGUAAGAGACACGAAUGUCUAGUCAUCCUGUGCUGGAAGUUCACAUGCGAAGAAAGAGAUGAAGAUAUAUAAAAUUUUUGGUCUAUGUUAUCACCUACAGAAUGUGCUGAGCCUUGUUGGUUGUUCAUAAAGCAUAUGAUUGUUGUAUCAUGA